AUGGCUUCAAACAGGAUCACGACGGAACAACCCGCGGAUCUUGUCUCUGCAUGUCUCUCCUUUCCGCCAGAUCGCACCACAUUGUGUGCAGUGAUUUGCCCGGCACUUGGCUCGGACGGCACAUGUGGUGGCGUAUACGUAACAGCUCGAUCACGCCUGCUGCCGCAGCCGGGCUGCUGUUCGCUAGGUGCUACUCCAUCACGACCACCCCCACCGUAUCCUCUUCCUCCCCCUCUUUGGGUUCUCCGCUGGGAACCGCUCUCGUCCAAUGACCGCCACUACUCGCGCUCCAAGGCCCCUUCGCACGGCGGCACAGGGACGCGGGAAGGCAAGCCAUGA